AUGGCUACCUCUCCCCUUGUGCUUGUCCCGACGUUUGUCGGUCUCAGCUUAUUAGGUGCUUAUGCAGGACCGGUGACCUUGGGCUUGAAUGGCUUUGGGGAUGCCAACUGGAUCUACAUUCUCACACCCGCCGACCCGGCGCAAGUCGGACUCCCAGGAGCCCCGAAACCUUUUACCAAGGACUAUACCGGUGUUGAGGCUGUAGACGGCAUACUCGCUGCACUAGUUGUUUACUUUUCCGCCCUCAUUGAUGGUGAUAUUGAGCCACGGUUCAAGCUCUAUGGAUACUGUGCUUUUUGGCAGUUGGGCGCGUUGGUGGUGAUACUCGUACUCGAGGGAUUGAGGGGAGGAAAUCGUGGAAGGAUCGCUAGCUGGUAA